CAUUUACCGAACAAAACACAAAUAUGCCAUUGAAAAAACUGUCAUAACAAUACCGUCAUGCUUAGGACGAUUUUUUGUAGACGUAUCAUAUUCUUUAAAAUUGUUUUAGUUGUAAUUUAGAAGAUAGUUAAAAACAUGGGUACAACGGGCCAAUCAAUAACCCUCGCAAACAGUAUUAUAGGAGUCGGUAUAUUAGCAAUGCCUUUUUGCUUCCAACAAUGUGGAGUUUUGCUAGCUACGUUAAUAUUAUUGUCAAUGGGCUUAGUUUCAAGACUUUGCUGUUAUUUCCUAUUAAAAUCUGCCAUUAUUACUAGAAGGAGAAGCUAUGAAUUUCUUGCAUUCCAUAUAUUCGGCCCAGGUGGAAAGAUGGCUGUUGAAAUGGGUAUUAUAGGUUUUUUGAUGGGCACUUGCAUUGCAUACUUUGUUGUGGUCGGUGAUUUGGGACCACAGAUAAUUGCAAAAAUGUUGAACAUAAACCAGAGUGAUAUAUUAAGGACCUCUAUAAUGGUGAUAGUAUCUCUAGUCUGUGUAUUACCCCUGGGCUUGUUGAGGAAUGUGGACAGUCUUAGCAACGUCAGUGCAGCCACUAUUGCCUUCUAUUUCUGUUUAGUAAUUAAGGUAAUAGCGGAAGCAACUACUCAGUUGUUUACAGCAGACUGGACGUCUCGAAUAGAGAUGUGGAAACCAUCCGGUGUAUUACAAUGCGUGCCAAUAUUCUCUAUGGCAUUGUUUUGUCAAACCCAAUUAUUCGAAAUCUUUGAUUCUAUGCCAUCUCUCUCCUUGGAGAAAAGUUGCUUGGUGACAAAGAAUGCUAUCAACAUUUGUUCAGGAGUAUAUUGUACUUUGGGUAUAUUUGGGUACAUUGCUUUCGGGUCUCAGGAGAUAUCUGGUAAUGUCUUAAUGAGCCUGAGUCCCACAAUGGCGAGUGACGUCAUCAAGCUCGGCUUCGUGAUGUCGUUGGCCUUCAGUUUCCCGCUCGUUAUCUUCCCGUGUCGCGCGAGUCUGUACUCAUUCCUGUAUAGAAGGCAGUCGCAGCCCGCUCACCACGAGUCGAUGCUGACGUCGGCGAUCCCCGAGCGCGCCUUCCGCGUGCUGACGCUGGGCAUCGUAGCGCUGGCGCUGCUGGUGUCGCUGGUGCUGCCCACCGUGGAGCUGGUGCUGGGGCUGGCGGGCGCCACGGCCGGCGUGCUGGUGUGCGUCGUGCUGCCCGCCGCCGCGCUGCUGCGCGCCACGCACGGCGACACGGGCGAGAGGGCGCUCGCCAAGUUCGUCGUAGUCCUCGGCCUGAUCAUCCUAGUGUUGGGCACGUACGCCAACCUCCAGGCGGCAGAGAACUCGCGGGACAAGUACGAUGAGAGGUACAUCACUCAGGAGCGCAUCGAUAAAAUUGUCGAGGACUUCUUUGAGAAAAUGGAAAAAGCCGACGGAGACGGUGUUAUGGCCAAGCCUCGAAUAGAAAAUCCUUUACCACAAGACUUCAAUCCAUUAAAUAAUGAGGCGAUUAAAGACUCUGAAGUGCAACCGCCUAACCCUGUUCCACCAGAAUCCCACUCCAAUGAAAAAAAACCCGAAGCCGAUCUUGAUAAGGAUAAAUUAAUUAACGAAAUAUUACAGGAACAAAAAAAUGUUGUGAAUAAAUUGGUACCAACUCAUCCAAAAAAUGUAAGGUUUCAUUUAAAUGAUGAAAAUAUAGUUAAUGGUAACACAUACGAUAUUAAGAAAGAUACUGCCGAAAAACCAAUCGAAGAAAAACCUCAACCGAACCAAGAGAAGAUUGAUAUGAUGAAGCAACAGGAACUUAUCGAAACAAUUAAACAACACGGCGAAGAACAAAAAGAAUUGAUAAAAGAACAAAAGGAGAUUUUAGAUGAAAUCCUGAAAACUAAGAAAGAAUUGGAGAAAAAUAAGAAGGAAGCCGACAAUAAUGAAGCAAAGAAAAUAGCCGUAGAAAGUAUUCAGAAAAUAGCUGAUGUGGCAAUAAAAAGCUUGAGUGGAGUAACAGACAAACCAGCUCUAGCAGAAGAUGCAAAUCAAGGCAAUGCUAUACAGAAAAGAGCACAUGAAGCAGUUAAUGAAAUUGCUAAAAAAACCGAGGAAACGCUAGAUGCCCUUAAAAAAAUAGAUGAUGCGAAGAAUGAGAAAGAAAAUGAUAAAUCAGCUUUAGAGCAGAAGUCAAUGAAAGACCAUAAUGUUAAAAUCGAUAGUGAUAAAACAAAUAACCAACAAAAAAAUGUCGAAACAAAAAAACUGAGUGAAGAAAGUCCAAAUGUUGAUAAACAGGAAAGUAUUAAGCGAGUAGUCCAACAGAAUUCUAAUAAUGGCCAUCAAAAUGCUGUACCAUCAAACAUUAAUCCCCCUGAUAAUAAACAAUAUAUUGUCAACGAACAAGUAGUUAAACAACAGAACGAAAAUCCAAUAAAGGAACACUCACACUUACCUGAUGAACCGCAAUCUUACAAACAAGGCGAGGAUUUACAGAAAGAUAAAAUAAACAUACAACACAAAAACGACGCCCAGAACGUGCCUUUACCGAUAGCUAUGAGUGAAAAGGGGAAAUUAAAAAACAAUAUCAAGGAUACUCAGAAUAAACAAAAUAUAGUUAAAAAUAAUGGUGCUCUUAAAUACAAAGAUGAUAUACUCAAUAACAUUGCGAAUGGUCAAAACAUAAUUCCAAGGAAAAAGAGAGAAAUCAUCGAUUGUACUGAAAAAACGACACUUAAGCCAGAAGACAAACAAAUAUGUGAAGACAAAAUCAAUGCUCGAAAUAAAGUUAUGAAGGGAAAUUUUCUGAAGAAUGUCGACAUUGGUCAGCUGGGCUUAGCAGACAGCUUGCCGUUACAAGGGAUGGUGUUACAUCACAUGAGGUCUCUUAAAAGUAUACAAGACAAAAAAAGAUAGUGAUGCGAUAUAUUUAUAUAGUUUUUAAUAAAAUGUUUUUUUAAAAAAAUAGUAGUAUGUUAAGUGAGGGCUACCACACGUCGAGUGUGCGUCCCGAGUGACGGCGAAUCGCACACGUAUC